GAGCACCCCACCCCGAGUCGCUGACGCCCGCCGGCCGCUCCACCCCCGCGCCUGGUUUUCUUCCUCCCCCGAUCCAGCUCCGCGUCGCCCCUGCGGUCUGCGAGGGCGCCCGAUUCGCCACCCCAAAACCCGGGUUUAUUUCGCGCCUCCGCCAUCGGCUAAUUGGGGAUUCGCGCGGCCGAGUGAGAUUCCGCCGUUCAAAUCGAAUUGCGCCGCUUGUGACGACCUUCAGUGAUGGCUGAUACAGCGCGAGCGGCGGAUGGAGAAGGAGGAGGAUGCGGCGGGGGCGGCGGCGGCGGAGGUGGUGGUGCCGAUCGGCGCGCAGAAGCACGACCCGGCGUGGAAGCACUGCCUGAUGGUGCGCUCCGAGGGUCGCGUGCGCCUCAAGUGCGCCUACUGCGGCAAGCACUUCCUCGGCGGCGGCAUCCACCGCUUCAAGGAGCACCUCGCGCGCCGCCCCGGCAACGCCUGCUGCUGCCCCAAGGUGCCCCGCGACGUCCAGGACACCAUGCUCCGCAGCCUCGACGCCGUCGCCGCCAAGAAAAUGCACCGCAAGCUCUCCUCCUCCCUCGCGUCCCACGACAUCAAGCGCUUCGCCAACGCCGGCGCCGAGACCGCCGACGCCACACCACCCUUCGCCGGAGAGACGGAGAGCCCCAUCCACAUGAUCCCGCUCAACGAGGUGCUCGACUUCGAGCCGGUGCCGCUCGAAGAGAGGCCUCCGGAGAGCACGGAGACGAGGACGAGGGGGAGUGUUAGUAAGAAGAAGAGGAAGGCGGCGGUGAGUCACGCCUCUACUCCCCCACUUGCUCCUCAGACUCAGCAGCAGCCUCUUCAGCCUACUCCUCAGACCAAUCCUCUUCAUCAGGUUGUGAUGGCAGUCGACGCAGUUGCGCCCACGUCUGGGCCUUUCGGUUCUGCUGCCUUGGACAAGGAGCAGGUUUGCAUGGCAAUCGGCAGGUUCUUGUAUGACGCCGGUGUGCCAUUGGAGGCAGUGAAUUCUGUCUACUUCCAGCCAAUGCUCGAAGCCAUUGCUUCAGCAGGAGGGAGGCCUGAGGCACUCUCAUACCAUGACUUUCGUGGUCGCAUUCUUAAGAAGUCACUGGAUGACGUGACGGCUCAGCUUGAGUUCUUCAAGGGGUCAUGGACCAGGACGGGCUGCACGGUGUUGGCUGAUGAGUGGACGACUGAUAAAGGUAGAACCUUGAUAAACUUUUCAGUGUAUUGCCCGGAAGGUACUAUGUUUCUGAAAUCGGUAGAUGCAACCGGUAUUGUUGCAUCGUCAGAUGCACUGUUUGAGUUACUGAAGAAUAUUGUUGAGGAAGUUGGCAAGAAGAAGGUUGUCCAAGUAAUCACAAACAACUCUGAGAUUCAUGCAGCGGCAGGAAAAAAACUAGACGAAACAUUUCCCACAUUGUUCUGGUCUCCUUGCACUUUUCAGUGCAUCGAUGGCAUGCUCGAAGAUUUCAGUAAGGUGGGGGCAAUCAGCGAGAUAAUAGGUAAUGCGAAGGCCAUCACGGGAUUUGUCUACAACAGCACAUUUGCAUUGAAUCUGAUGAAGAAGUAUCUGCAUGGGAAGGAUCUGCUAGUUCCUGCAGAGACUCGAGCUGCUAUGAACUUUGUCACACUGAAGAACAUGUACAGUGUAAAGGAGACUUUGCAAGCCAUGGUCAACUCGGAUGAAUGGAUACACUUCUUGCUGCCAAAGAAAGGAGGGAUCGAAGUGAGCAAUCUUGUUAGUAGUUUGCAGUUUUGGUCCUCUUGUGCUGCAGUCGUUCGUAUCACCGAACCACUUGUGCAUCUUCUUAAGCUAGUCAGUAGUAACAAGAGGCCUGCUAUGGGGUACGUUUAUGCUGGAUUGUAUCAGGCCAAAGCUGCAAUCAAGAAAGAGCUGGUGAGCAAGAACGACUACAUGGCUUACUGGAAUAUUAUUGACUGGAGAUGGGAUAACCACACACCACGGCCACUUCAUUCAGCUGGUUUCUUCCUGAACCCACUAUUUUUUGAUGGAAUUCGAGGUGACAUAUCAAAUGGAAUCUUCUCGGGAAUGCUAGACUGCAUAGAAAGGCUGGUUUCUGAUGUGAAAAUCCAAGACAAAAUCCAGAGAGAGCUCAACAUGUACCGGAGUGAGGCAGCAGGGGAUUUUCGCAGGCAAAUGGCUGUCCGAUCUAGGCGUACUUUACCUCCUGCUGAGUGGUGGUAUACAUAUGGAGGAGCUUGCCCAAAUUUGACACGUCUAGCAGUCCGUAUUCUCAGUCAAACCUGCAGUGCUAGAGGAUGUGACCGGACAUUCAUUCCUUUCGAACAAAUUCAUGACGAAAGAUUGAAUAAUUUUGAGCGUCAACGAAUGCAUCAUCUCACUUUUGUUCAAUACAACCUGCGGCUACAACAAAGACAACAACGCAAGGCGAAAGCAUUUGAUCCUGUCUCAGUGGACUACAUAGACAUAGUUGAUGAAUGGGUUGUGGAUAGAGCUGCACUGUUCCCUAGCCCAGCCGAGCAGCCAAACUGGAUGGAGAUUAAUCAGCCAGUCAUCCGAAUCACGUCCAGGGAACCAAAUGAAGAUGAAUUUGAAUCCUUCACUGAAGGAGUUGAUGACGAAAUGAUCCAACGUGCAGCGCAGGGCAUCCAGGAAGAUGACGAUGACCCUGCUUGUGGCUGAGGCUAGCUAUAAAUGAACUAGUCGGCUAACCUGUAAGCUGAUGUUGUAUGGACAAAAUCUGGCGUUGCCUGUCAUGAUUUUCCAAGUAGCAACAAGUAUAUGCUUCUUAUUUUGUAAUUUAUACUUACUGUCUGUUUUGCUCCUUAAGAUAUUUAGAGUUCAGAUAUCUUCCGUA